AGUGUUGUGCGCUUUUGCGAAUUGUAAAAGUAGCCCUGUAGUUUCUUUGUCUCGGUUUUUAUCAUCUGAUGGAAAUUCAAAUGGCUCUAAAUCCCAGUUUGAAGGGAACCCGAAAUUCACAAUGAGACAAAAAGAACAGAUGUCCAAAGGACUUCCAAAGAAGUUACCUGUGGCUGGUGUUAAACAUGUGAUUGUGGUGGCUUCUGGGAAGGGUGGGGUUGGAAAGUCAACCACUGCAGUUAAUCUGGCAUUAGGGAUUGCUGCAAGUGAUACUUCUCGCAGUGUGGGUUUGCUGGAUGCAGACAUCUAUGGCCCCUCCAUACCCAAAAUGAUGAACCUGGGGGGAGGGGUGGAACUUACAGAACAGCAGUUGAUGAAACCAUUAGUGAAUUAUGGAAUUAAGUGCAUGUCUAUGGGGUUUAUGGUGGAUGAGAAGUCUCCUAUUGUCUGGCGAGGUCUGAUGGUGAUGUCAGCAAUACAAAGGUUACUUCGACAGGUGGCCUGGGGUCCUCUAGAUUACCUAGUGAUUGACAUGCCACCGGGAACGGGCGACGCCCAGCUGACUCUGUCUCAAAACAUCCCUAUUUCAGGAGCUGUUAUAGUGACGACCCCUCAGGACAUUGCUCUUCUGGAUGCGCGGAAAGGGGCAGAGAUGUUCCGUAAAGUUGAGGUCCCCGUCUUGGGCCUUGUUCAGAACAUGAGUGUAUACAUCUGCCCAAACUGUGGUCAUCAAGAACAUAUAUUUGGGCAUGGUGGAGGUCAUCGUGUGGCUAAGGACAUGGGCAUGGAUGUAUUAGGUGAUGUGCCCCUCCACUUAAGCAUCAGACAGACGUCUGACAGUGGGAAGCCGAUAGUGGUGUCUGAUCCAGACAGUCCACAGGCUAUGGCGUACAGAAGUAUAGCAGAUGAGACUAUCAAGCGGUUACCUCCCCCUUUGCAGUGAUCCAUCAUUGAAUAAGCUCUAGUGACCUUGAGUGCCAUAUAUUGACCUUGAGUGCCAGAUUUUGGAGGGAAAGGGUGUGACAGGAGUCUUGUACUGCAGCACCGGUACAAAAGAAUGCUGACUACUGAUAAUUAUUAAGUUCUUUCUAUGUAAUGAUUCUGUACAUCAGCUCUCAAAGCUGAUGGACGCGUACAUUAUAAAAUUCAUUAAGUAUUGGGAUAAAUGAAGAGUCAACUGUAGGAGUGGUGAUAAGGGUUUGUAUGAAUCAAGGGGGAUAUUUCCUCUUGGUAUACUAUAGGGCAGCUAUAGGACAGAAAUUAUCUGAAGCGUUAAGUCCAUGUAGGUGUACUAGUAUUAGCUGGUCCUUUGUUUGCUGGAUAAAUUGUUCUUAGCCUUUUUGCACAUACUAAGGCUAUGUAUCAUUAAGGAGCAUUUAUUAUGUAUUAAAUAGUAAAUGAUAUGGUUUGGUGAACUUUGUAUAAUGUUGACAGAAUUUUGAUAUGUUACAAGGUUGCUGCCUGAAAUUUGGUGUAGUUCUACAAUAGUUUUCUUGCGAGAAAAAUCUUUUUAAA